UAGUUGCAAAAACUAUCAAAGUGCACGUACGAAUGUAAGUAGUAAAAACAAUAGUUUGAGAUCAUUAGGAAUGAAUACAACUUAGAUGAACCCAACUUAAUCAAACAAAUCAAUUUAAACUCAGUUGUUUGGAUUGGGUAUAGAAUUAUCAAAGGUGAAAAUCAAACCAUUAUUGUGUGGCUAUUGUUUGCAUUAAUAAAUAUAAUGAGACAAAUCAGAAAGACCUGAGACAGAUAUUUUCCAUUUACAGUCCCAACACGCUANCAUUUAUUAUGGGAAAUUUCUAAGAACUUGAAACUUGAUGAAGACUUGUCCAACGUAGAGCAGGGGUUAUGCAUAGUGUUGACUUUUGAUGAAAAUUGCCAAAAUUUUGACGCGCUUUAACUUACAACAGGACCCAGCGAAUUACUGUUUGGCACUUGAUUCUGCAUUGCCUUACAUUUCACUCUUCUAAUUUUAUGUUUAUAUAAAAGUUUGAUUCCAUUUACAGUCCCAACACGCUAACAAUCAUCAUUCCAGACUUUGUUCUAAUGGCAACUCCAAGUUCCCGUAGAUUCACAUACGAUGUGUUCCUCAGCUUUAGAGGGGAAGACACUCGUUAUGAUUUCACUGGUUAUCUCUACAAAGCUCUAUGUGAUGGGGGAGUUCACACUUUCAUGGAUGAUGGCAAACUUCAAAGCGGAGAGGAAAUCACACCAGCACUUCAGAAAGCAAUUCAAGAGUCUAAGAUUGCCAUCGUUAUCCUCUCUCACAACUAUGCCUCUUCCUCCUUCUGCUUGGAUGAACUUGCAACCAUCCUUGACUGCAAGAGUAAAGGGCUGUUGGUUAUACCAGUGUUUUAUAAGGUGGAUCCUUCUUAUGUCAGACAUCAGAAAGGUAGCUAUGAAGAAGCAUUGACUAAGCAUCAAAAGAGGUUCAAAGGGCAGGAGGAGAAGUUACAUAAAUGGAAAACGGCUCUGCGUCAAGUUGCUGACUUGUCUGGCUAUCACUUCGGAGAUGGGUAUGAAUACCAGUACAAGUUUAUUGGGAGCAUUGUUGAACGGGUUUCCAGGGUGAUUAAUCGUGUUCCUUUACAUGUUGCGGUUUAUCCAGUUGGCCUACCGUCACAGGUGCUGAAAGUCAAGAAACUUUUGGAUCUUGGAUCGCAUGAUGUUGUCCACAUGAUAGGGAUCCGUGGAAUGGGUGGGUUAGGAAAAACAACACUUUCUCUAGCAGUUUAUAAUUCCAUUGCUGAUGAUUUUGAUGAGUCAUGUUUUCUUCAAAAUGUAAGAGAAGAAUCAAACAAAGAGGGGCUAAAACACCUCCAAAGCAUCCUUCUUUCAAAAAUGCUUAGAGAGAAGAAUAUCAUCUUAACAAGUUGGCAAGAAGGAGCAUCANUGAUACAGGAGAGGCUGGGGCGAAAGAAGGUUCUCUUGAUUCUAGAUGAUGUUGACAACAGAAAGCAGUUACAAGCAUUUGCUGGAAGAGCUGAUUGGUUUGGUCCCGGCAGCAGGAUUAUCAUUACCACUCGGGACGAACAACUGCUAAAAUCUCAUGAGAUUGAAAGAACUUAUGAGAUGGAGGAAUUGAAUGAGAAUGAUUCUCUUCAAUUGCUUAUAUGGAAUGCUUUCAAAAGGGAAAAAGUUGAUCCGAGUUACGAGGACGUGUUGAAACGUGUAGUAACUUAUGCUUCUGGGCUUCCAUUGGCUUUAGAAGUAAUAGGUUCCAACUUGGUUGGAAAAAGUGUUGAAGAAUGGGAGUCUGCGAUUGAACAUUACAAAAGAAUUCCUAACGGUCAAAUUCUAGAGAUACUUAAAGUAAGUUUUGAUGNUUUGGGGGAAGAAGAAAAAAAUGUCUUUCUUGACAUNGCCUGUUUCUUUAAAGGAAGUAGUUUGGAAGAAGUUGAACAUAUACUUGGUAUUCUUUAUGAUAACAACAUGAAACAUCAUAUCGGGGUGUUGGUUGAAAAAUCUCUCAUAAAGGUUCGGNAUGGAAGGUUUNGUGUAAUUGAAAUGCACGACUUGAUUGAGGACAUGGGUAGAGAUAUUGACCGGCAAGAGUCACCCAAAGAGCNAGAGAACCACAGGAGAUUAUGGUUAGGGAAAGAUAUUCUUCAUGUUUUAAAACACAACAAGGGAACUAGCAAAACUGAAAUCAUACGCCUGGAUUUGUCUAUAUCUGAGAGAGAAGAAACGCUAGAAUGGAAUCCCAACGCCUUCAGAAGGAUGAAAAACCUUAAAAUACUUAUCAUUAGAAAUGGUNAAUUUUCCAAAGGUNCCAAUUAUCUUCCAAAAAGUUUGAGAGUACUGGAAUGGCAUGGAUACCCUUCAAAUUGUUUUCCAUCAAAUUUUGAUCCGAACAAUCUUGUGACAUGCAAGUUACCUAACAGUCAUUUUACGUCAUUUGGAUUCCUUGGCUCAGCAAAGAAGUUCGAAAAUCUAACUGUCUUGAAUUUUGACUGGUGCAUGUUUUUAACACAGACACCCGAUAUGUCUGAUCUCGGAAAUUUGGAGGAAGUUUCAUUUAACUGGUGUGUGAGUUUAGAUGCAGUUCAUGACUCAAUUGGUUUUAUGAGUAAACUUAAAAUACUGCAUGCGAAUCAUUGCAUCAACCUUACGAGUUUUCCACCUCUUAACUUGCCUACUCUUGAAAGCCUAGAACUUUCAUUUUGUUACAGUCUUGAGAAAUUUCCAGAAAUACUAGGAAAGAUGGGAAACAUAAGGGUACUUCAAUUGCUAGAUCUUCCCAUUAAAGAAUUGCCACUGUCGUUUCAAAAUCUUAUUGGACUCGAACAGUUAUCCUUGUCAUGUGAAAUUGUUCACUUAAGAAGUAGCAUUUUCACGAUGCCUAACUUGAUUAAGUUUAGUGUUACUAAUUGCAAGGAGUGGCAAUGGAUAAAAUCAGAAGAUGCUGAAGAUAACGUAGGCUCAGUGGUUCCUUCAAAGUUAGAUUGGUUUUCGGCCUGGUCUUGCAACCUGGAUGAUGACUUCUUUUCAGCAGGUUUCAUGCGGUUGGCACGAGUGCGUGAUUUAUAUCUACAGGACAAUAAUUUCAAACACCUUCCUGAAUGCAUCAAAGAAUUUCACAACCUCAACUCGCUUGAUGUGACUCAUUGCAAACAUCUUGAGGAAAUCAGAGGGUUUCCACCAAAAUUAAAAUAUUUCAGUGCACCACAAUGUAUAUCUUUGACUUCCACCAGCUUAGACAUGUUGCUAAAUAAGGAACUAUACGAAGCUAGAAAAACUGCUAUCUUCACGUUUCCAGGAGAAAGUUUUCCAGAGUGGUUUGAUCUGAAGAGCAGUGGACCUUCAUGUUCUUUCUGGUUUCGUAAUAAGUUUCCUGCCAGAGUUCUUUCUCUUCUUAUUAUACAUAUGAAUAAAUAUGAAAACUUAAGUACCAUUUUUGAGGUGCACAUUAAUGGGGAAUUGCAAACAGGCGGAGGCCACUAUUUGUUGGAGGUGGCGAAAUUUGAAUUCGGUCAAACAUACCUCUCUGAUCUAAAAAUGUAUGUUAAUUUUUUUGAACAACCUUUUGGAAAGGAAUGGAAUCACGUGGAGGUUACAUAUUAUACUCCGUCAAGGAAGUCAUGGAUUAAAGCAACAGGAAUCCAUGUAUUCAAAGAGGAAAUGGAAGACAUUCGGUUUGAUGAUCCUUAUAUCGUGGAAGACAUCAUGGAAGAAGAAGAAAAGGAGGAAGAAAAGGAAGAAGGAGAAGAAAAAGAAGAAAAGGCAAAAGAAGAAGAAAAAAAAGAAAAGGCAGAAGAAGAAGAAAAUAGCAUCAUGGGACACCAUGGAAGAAGAAGGAAGAAGGGGAAAAAGAAGAAAACUGCAUCAUGGAAGACAUUCCUAGUUUGAUGAUCCAUUUACCAACAAGAAAAGGAAGAAGGGAAAGGAGAAGAGGAACAAGAAGAAAAAGAAAAAUAACAUGCAGAAGAAGAAAAUAGCUUCAUGGAAGACAUUGGAUUUGAUGAUCCUUAUAUCACGGAAGACAUCAUGGAAGAAAGAGAAUAAAAAGAAGAAAACAACAUCAUGAAAGACACCAUGAAAGAAGAAGGAAGAAGAGGAAAAAGAAGAAAACAGCAGCAUGGAAGCCAUUCGGUAUGAUGAUCCAUGUACCAACAAGAAAACCCUUCUCAAUCACAAAACCACUUGUUAAGAAUCAUAGGUUUCUUCACGUCCAAAUUUUUCAUAGACCUUUUUCUUUUUUCUUUUCGUGCUUAUGUUUUUUACUCUAUUUACUAGCCUUAGCACCAACUCAACUAGGAUAUG